GCGGGGAUCCCCCCCCCCCCCCCCGCCCCGCCAACCCCCCCUCCCCGCCAUGUCGGUGAACAUGGAGGAGCUGCGGCACCAGGUGAUGAUCAACCAGUUCGUGCUGGCGGCCGGGUGCGCCGCCGACCAGGCCAAGCAGCUGCUGCAGGCGGCCCACUGGCAGUUCGAGACGGCCCUGAGCGCCUUCUUCCAGGAGACCAACAUCCCCAGCAGCCACCAUCCCCCCCAGAUGAUGUGCACCCCCAGCAACACGCCGGCCACGCCGCCCAACUUCCCGGACGCUCUGGCCAUGUUCUCCAAGCUGCGGACCUCCGAGAGCCUGCAGAGCAGCAACAGCCCCAUCACCUCCAUGGCCUGCUCCCCCCCGGGCAGCUUCAGCCCCUUCUGGGCUUCCUCGCCCCCCAGCCACCAGCCCGCCUGGCUGCCCCCCUCCUCGCCCACCGCCCACGGCCUCCACCACCACCUGCACCACCCGCAGCCUGCUUGGCCCCCCGCCCCCCCGCCUGCUGCCCCCCCACAGAAAGCCAUGGCCACCAUGGAUGGCCAGAGAUAAGACUGGGUUGGUGGAGGGGGGGGUGGGGUGGGGGAGAACAAGGUGGGGGGGGCCGGGCCAGGGCGUUGGGAGCGGGGGCUCCCCCAGAAACGCACUGGAAUAAUUUUCUAGGUUUUAUUAUUAUUUUUACAGGGGGGGGUGGAUACACUGCUGGGGAGGGCACCGGCCCGUGAGAGCCUCUAGCUGGUCUUUUCUCCCCCCAUUUUAUUUUUUUUUUUUUUUUUUAAAUAUAUAACUAUAAUAUAUAAAUAUAUCUAAUGUAUAUAAAUCCAGAGAGAAGGAAGCAGCAGCACAGAGGCGCUGCCAGGUGGGGGGGAUUUUCCCCCCUAUGUGUCCCCCCUACCCCCAGCACCCCUGCAGCAGAGCAGGAGAAGGAAGUGGGGGGGGGGGGUAAUGAAAAAUAAAUGGAUGGAGGCAGCUGUUGGCACCCUGGAUCAUGGCCACGGAGCUGCAGGUGCCCCCCCCCCCAGCUCGAUUUCCUGGACACUUGUGGCAGCUCCCAGAGCAAGGCGCGCCUCUCCUCUGCCUUCCGAAAUUCAGCUUCUUGCACAGAGCCCCCGGACCCCCCCCCCUCACCCCGUCCUCCCUCUGCACCUCUCCAGGGCUGGGGGGGGUGGUGGGGGAAAGGGGGCUGUGAUUUGUCAAGGUGAUGCCCGGCCUGUCCCUGUGACCACCAUUUAUGGCCCUUUCCCGGGGAGGGGGGUGGGGGGGGAAAG